UUUCUUUGUCUGCAAAAACACUCGUAUUCUUGGAGAAGACAUAGCUGGAAGAAUGUGGGGGCCGUGGAGGAAGGAAUUCUUGGAUGUAAUUCUGGUACCUGCGAGUUUAUUCAUUAUGUUUGGGUACCAUCACUUCCUUCUGUAUAGGUACCUCAGAUAUCCAAGCACCACAACCAUCGGAUAUGAGAAUCACAACAGAAGAGUUUGGGUUGAAAGAAUGAUGGAGAUUGAAGCCAAAGACAGGCCGGCAUUAUCAGUGAUUGCCAACACCAUGUCAGCAGCAUCUGCGCUGUCUUCAAUUUCUCUAGUGCUGAGCUCUUUAAUUGGAGCAUGGCUGGGGAGUUCUAACAGGACAGUCUUUACGAGCAACCUUAUAUAUGGAGCCACAAGUCCUUCAGUUAUUUCUAUCAAGUAUGUGGCUUUACUCGUCUGCUUCCUGGUGGCCUUUGGCUCAUUUGUACAAACUUCAAGGUGCUUGGUUAAUGCCAGUUUUCUCAUGACCAUGCCAAACGCGGAUGUUCCUAUGAGCCACAUUGAAAAAGAAAUGAUAACAGGAAGUAUUUUCUACGAAUUUGGCAUGAGGGUUCUCUAUUUAGCCACCACUUUUCUGCUGUGGGUCUUUGGUCCAAUUCCAAUGUUUGUUUCCUCUGUCACCAUGGUGGGAUUGUUGCUUAGGCUGGACGCAAAUAGAACAGUUUUGUAUCACUAUCCACGGAUUGGUCAGGACGUGUCUGAAGUCACCAAAGCUGUUGAGCAUCAUGAAAGACGACCACAAGGAAGGAAGUAGACGGUCGGGUGAUUCCCAGUUGGAUAUAUGGUUCCUGACUUAAAGCUUAGUCAACUACAGACGAUGCAGAAUCUCUCAAACGCAAUCAACUCUUCAGUCCUAUACAACAAUAUUACCUAGAGUAAUCACGACCUCUCCUUUUUCUUGCUGAAUUUACCAAAAAAAUUUACAUUGUAACUCACAAUUGUACACAGUUUUUAUCAAAGAUUUUUUUACCUUUAUAAAGAUUGAAGAUCCACAAUGCAUACAAGC